AUGGUAACAAAUCCUGACAUGUUAUGGUUAGUCAUCGCAAGCGGUGUAGCAUGUUUUUUUAUGGCAUUUGUAACAGGAGCAAAUGAUAUAGCAAACACAUUUAGUACAUCUAUUGGAUCCAAAGCAGUAACAAUAAAGAAAGCAUUAAUAAUUGCCUUUUUUUUUGAGGCUUUAGGAGCUUCCUUACUAGGUGGCACAGUUACUGAUUCAAUUCGAUCGAAGAUUAUUAAUUUUGAAGCAUUUUACGAUGCUCCAGAAUUUUUAAUGUUAGGUAUGUUUAGUGCCCUAAUGGGUGCUACCAUUUGGCUAGCUAUAGCAACAUGUUUUGGUUUACCCGUUUCGACAACGCACAGUAUAAUAGGAGCCUUAAUGGGUUUUGGAUUAGCUGCAGGUCAUAAUAAGUCUAUCAAAUGGGAAAAAAUACAUAGCAUUGUUAUAUCAUGGUUUGCAGCUCCAAUAUUAGCUGGCAGUUGUUCAGCUAUGGCUUUUAUUUUAUUGCGUCGUUUAAUAUUAAGAAAAAGAAACUCAUUUGUUAUCAUAAAAAGAUGUUACUGGCUUUUAAUAUUUUUGAUUACACUGCCAUUUAGUGUUUUUUUAGUUUAUCAAAAUCCCAUUGUAUUAAAUAUAGAAUGUAAAAUGAAGAAGGAUAAUAAAAAUAUAGUUACCACAUACCCAUGUUAUCUUCAAGACUGGAGUGCUGCACAUCCAUUUUAUUCCACUUUAAUAUGUCUUGCAUUAUCGUCAAUAUUAACCAUAGUAGGUUCUAUCGUUAUAUAUAUAGUGUAUAACAAGAGACUAAAUAGCUACAGUUUUAAAAAAAAAUUAUUUGGAGAUGAUAUGAUGAACGAUUUAGAAAAAAAUGCUAAAGAAAAUACCAUUUGUAAUGUAAAUAAUAGCAGUUUAAAUUCAGUUGCAUCAAAUGACACUCAAGCAACCAAUCCAAAGGGACCAGCAUCCCAAGUUCAGCUAAUGGAAAAGAAAAAAAUGGAGGCACAAAAAGAUUUUCAAGCUGUUAUUAAUGUGCAGAAGAUAGAUAUGAAAGAGGAUUUGGCUCAGAACAAUAAGAAUAAGCCGAAUGGUAGCACUAAUAAUAAUAGCAACAAUAGCAGUAACAACAACAAUAACAACAAUGAUAUGUCUCAAAAUAUUAUUGAAAAAUUUGAUCUAGAGACAGAAAUUGUUUUUUCAUCCUUACAAAUUAUAAGUGCAAUUUUGGGUGUAGUAGCACAAAGUGCUAAUGAUACAGCCAAUGCCAUUGGCCCUUUUGCCGCUGUAUUUAAUACAUAUAAUAACGGAGUUAAAGGAAAAUUAAAAGUACAGUGGUAUAUACUACUGUUUGGAGGUUUGUCUAUGUCUUUAGGAUUGUCUGUUUUAGGUUAUAGGGUUAUUAAAACUGUCGGAAUGAAAUUAAUUAAAAUUACUCCAUCUAGAGGUUUUACUAUAGAAUUAAUAUCAGGUCUAGUCGUUUUAUUUUUUAGUAUUUGCGGUAUUCCAUUGAGCUCAACUCACUGUGCUGUUUCUAGUGUUAUUGGACUUGGUUUAGUUGAAAUGAAAAUAUCACAAGAGGAUAAUAAAAAUGCCAAAGGAUUAAAUAAUAAGGAUAAUAUGUCCCAAUCUGUUAACAAUACAAAUAAUGUAAUUGUAAGGAAAAAGACCUUGUGUCCUUUUUCCUUUUUAAAUACGUCAUGUGUAAACCUGAAACUAUUUAGAACUAUAUUCCUUUCAUGGAUUAUAACUGUUUCCUUUUCCGCCUCCGUAACUGCAGCAAUUUUUUCAUUUGCAGCUUAUAGUCCCUCCUAUAUAGUACGGAGAUCUCCUAUUUAG